GCAUCAUAAUCAUUAGUUUACGUACCCAUUUCAUCUUAAAAAUUUGCGUAAUUCAGUUAAGAUUAAUAGGAACCAACAGUUUUGAAUUUGAAGUUUGCUAACAAUGGACCACCCUCGGCCGUGCGGUUGUAAAGGACGCAGAACAUGCCUAAGCUGCGAGGCUGAGUUCGGUAUCGAACGAAGUGAUUUCUACAGAACAUUUCAGAAAUGUCAAGCGUUCGUGUACUGUCCUCGUUGUGACAAGAUAUAUCCCGGUUGGGAUGUAGAAAAGAUACUGGCCGAACAUUCGGACACUCCAGCACACGGUGGAGAAAGCGGUGAAGAUUACCCCGGAGUGUAUAUCGAUCUUGAAUUCCUUUCGAGCGAAGAAGAAAUGAAGCUGCUACGUGGUUUGGAUGAGUUGCCUUGGGACGUUUCGCAGAGUGGCCGGCGGAAGCAGAACUUUGGACCGAAAACGAACUUCAAAAAGUCUCGCCUCCGUGCGGGACAAUUCACCGGGUUUCCGCGCCUCAGCGAGUUUGUGCAGCGCCGUUUCGAGACGGUACCCCUGCUAGCCACUUUCCAAACCAUCGAGCAGUGUUCACUCGAGUAUGUCCCCGAGAGGGGCGCCUCGAUUGAUCCGCACAUUGACGACUGCUGGAUCUGGGGCGAACGGAUCGUGACGGUCAAUCUGCUGAGCGAUUCCGUACUAACGAUGUCACCGUAUCACGGAGCGGAAGCGAGAACGAAGUACAACCUACACUUUUUGGACCAAUAUCGAUCCCAUCUGAUCGGCCAGCUGGUGGAUGAAAAGACCUUGGCCACUUACGAAGAGCGAAUCGUUCGAAUUCCAAUGCCGCGGCGCUCUUUGUUAGUGCUUUACGGUCCCCCGCGAUAUCAGUGGGAACACGCGGUCCUGCGGGAAGACAUCAAAGAGCGUCGCGUGUGCGUCGCUUACCGCGAGUUCACCCCCAUGUAUCUGCAGGGUGGAAGCGAAUAUAGUCAAAGUGAAGAGAUUUUCACACGUGCAAAACAGUUCUGGGACCAUCGGACUGUUUGCGCGGAAAGCUAGAAGUGUUGCUGUAUUGAGGAAACGUUUCCAAGAGAGACAGAUUUUUGUAAGAUAUAUUUGACGAGUUUCCGUAGCUCUGGUGCUAAAACAUAUCGAUCCGUAAUGCUCCGUACACUGCUGGCUUGUCAAAAGAGAUACUCAAAAACUGUGUAACGUCCAACCGUUGUGUAAAAAAGAACUAAAGUUUGCCAAGCGAUAGAUUUUGUUCCUUUGUCUGUAAAAUGGUUUCCUUUGCUUAACAAAAACAAUAUUCAUCUGUAAUAAAGUUUCUGUAAGAAUAAUUGACGUUUUAAUUUUUGAAAACUGCAGGUUCUUUCGUCAUGUAAUCAAUGUAUUCCAAAU